AUCAUCAUUGACGGCUCGACUGUUCAAAACCCUCAAUUCUCUCUCUUUCAUGUUUUAAUCUCUCAAAUCCAAUCCAUGGAAUCCAAUGAAUCUAUGAGUCUUUAUCUCUCCAAGAGAUAAAUCAAACCACACCGUUUUGAUGCUUUUAAACGUCGAAACAAACCCUAGAACUCGAUUCACCAUGGACGGUUCGGCGGAGGAUCUAGGACCCCCGCCUGAUUCAUGGGAAGUGGCAGACCUUGAUGCUAGUAUGACCAGAUUGAUGCGCUCUUCUUCCUCUCCUAUUCCGUCGUCAUCGUCUUCUCUUCAACUCUCUCAUGUUUCCGCUUCUUCUUCUUCUUCUACUGUACGAACUGAGAAAUCUAAAGGUGUAUCAGAAGAUGUUAUCAAUUCAGUUGAUCAGUUUCUUCGUGAAGCUCUGGAAAAUCCUCGUGAGAGGCUUUCAGUCCUGAGGAUGGAGCAAGAUGUUGAGAAGUUCAUUCUGGAUCGUACACAACAACAAAUGGAAUUCCAGCAACUACCAACCUCUUAUUUGCGUUUAGCAGCACAUAGGGUUGCACAACACUAUUCCUUGCAGUCAAUGGUUUUACUGGACAAUAAUCUACCUGAUAGUUCUGGUUCCAGGAUUAUUGUCCGCAAGACUUCAGAAUCUCGACUUCCUUUGAUCCGUCUGGCAGACAUUCCUGUAAAUUUACCAACAGAAGAAUCCGAUGUCUUGAAAGUUGCCAUAAAACAGAGGCCACAAAGGCGGUCACAAGUUGGUAACAGCGCAAACAUGCAUUCCAUGAAAAACAACUCAAAAACUGUGGAGGAAAGAAAAGAGGAAUACAACAGGGCUCGUGCACGGAUUUUUAAUUCCAGCAGCUCUAAUGGAGGGACUAGUGUGAGACCAGAAACUGAACAGAAGCCUCAUGAUAAUCUCCAGCACGGUUCAUCUGGAUUACCAAAAGUAGAUGUUCCAGUGAGAGUGGAGAGUAGCGGCUGGGAUUUUGUUGAUUCUUCAGCCAGUAGAAGCAGGUCAGACAAUGAUUUGUCUAAAGCGAACAGUAGGGUUGCUAUUUUUCGUGACCGUGACAAUGAACGCAGAGAUCCUGAUUAUGAUCGCCAUUAUGAGAGAUAUACACAAAGAUUUGAUCCGGGAUUCGGCUUUAGUGGUAUACCAUACACCAUACAACCGUUAUUUACCCCUGCAUUGAACUACAAUACUGAGUUCCCACAGUUGGGAUCGGUUAGGCCUGCAGUAUCAAGUGAACAACAACCUCGACCACUCCCACAGCACCUGCCUGUGCCAUGGUCUGCUCCACCAACCCCUACUGGAAUGGUUUAUGGUCAUCCAGAUGCUUUGGUGCCUCCAUUUAGUCCCAAUCAUAUCGGUUUGCGGUCCACCUCUCCUUUAUAUUUGCAUCCGACACAAUAUCCUUGCCAUCAGCGUCUUGUAAUGCCGUUUGUCAUUCCUCAGGACCAAGUUCAACAAUUUUCACAGUCUCAUCAGCAACAACCUGAUGCAAGUUUUGGAUUGGCCCGGCCCCGUUAAGGGGCUCGGGCCAUGCCUGCACCCGCCAAAAUAUAUAUAUUUUGUUAUCUUGAAACACGAGAGGACUUAGCUGCAGGAAAAGCUCACUGCAGCAGCUAUAGAUAAUAAGUCAAUCGUGUUUGGCGGGUGGGUGUGCAGGCAAGAGACCCAUAUAUGGGUCGGGUCGAGUGGGAUGGAACAGGAUCCAUAUUACUGUCUCCAUAGUGAUCCAUUUUUUUCUCGAUUGGAACUUGGAAAGUUCUCCACGACUGUGCUCUCCAAGAGUUGACUGUGCUCUCCAAGAGUUUGAAAUUGAAGAAAGAUAUAAACUGAGCUGAAAAAAGCAAUCUUUUGUUGGAUUAAGGUAAGUAUGCAUGCCCUUGUUUAACUCAUUACAUCCACAUUAUGAUCACUUCUAUCUCGUUAGUUCUUUCUGUAAGGCUUGGAUGAUAGGUCCAUAUCACUCCACCAACAUUUUCCCUUUUACGCAGCUUGAAUGGAAGAAUUCUUAUCAAUAUUGCUUUGGAUUCACGUAAGAAUAAGUCGAUGGAAACAAUUUAGCGAAAUUUCUUGGAGAAACUGCUUCACUAAUGGAUCUCAAGCUCGGCUUUGCUUUCCGUUUUGUUUACUUUUGGGUCUAUGACAUUUGCAAAAUGUUACUCUACUGUUUUCUUACCAAAUUAAAUUUGGGAAUGAAUUGUUAGUUUUUUCAUUUUUUCUGUGUUGAAUGAUGAAUUAAAUGGUUAUUGUGCAAUUUAUUUUUAAUGUAAUAUUGGGUUUAUUUCUGUAUCA